AAUUGUCUUUAAGAUCCAAAACAACCACCAACAGGAGAUACUAGGAAGAGGCAGCCAGCUAGUUAACAACUAAGCAAAGAUUGUGCACUAUUUCUACCAUUAUAUAUAACCAAUCUGACCAAUACAUUUCCCCCAUCAAAUCCUAGUAGAAAGAUGUCACCUUUGCCAGAAAGCACCCAUUUGGGUCUUCUUUUACUCUUGUGCUUGACAUUAGGAGUUUCUUCACACAGCAGGCAUCAUAUGCAAUACACACCUCCUAAUGUUACUCACUUCACUGAUCUCUUCUCCCAUGUUUCAGUUAGUCAAGGGUUCUCCACAUUUUUUGGAGGUUCAAAUGUUAAGUUGCUCAAUAAUGGGUCGUAUGCAAAUCUUGCUCUUGAUAAAUCUUCAGGUUCUGGUUUGGCCUCAAAGAACAAAUAUUAUUAUGGGUUUUUUAGUGCUGCAAUAAAGUUGCCUGCUGGUCAAUCCUCUGGAGUUGUUGUAGCCUUCUAUAUGUCUAAUGCAGAUACAAACCCUCACAACCAUGAUGAGAUUGACAUUGAACUUCUUGGUCAUGACAAGAGAAACAAUUGGGUCCUCCAAACAAACAUCUAUGCAAAUGGAAGUGUAAGCACAGGAAGAGAAGAGAAAUUCUAUUUCUGGUUUGAUCCAACAGAAGACUACCACCAUUACAGCAUCAUCUGGAACAAUCACCAUAUAGUGUUUCUGGUGGACAAUGUACCAGUAAGAGAGUUUGUCCACAACAAUGCCUAUCCAUCCAUAUACCCAUCAAAGCCAAUGUCACUAUAUGCAACAAUUUGGGAUGGUUCACAAUGGGCAACUCAUGGAGGAAAAUACCCAGUUAAUUAUCAAUAUGCACCAUUUGUUGUUUCAUUUGCAGAAAUGGAAAUGACUGGUUGCUUAUACACUCCAUCACCUUCAUGUUCUAAGACUGGCACUUCAAGUUUAGACCCUGUAGAUGGGCAAGAAUUUGCUGCUUUAUCAAAAGAUCAAAAUGUGGCAAUGGAUUGGGCAAGAAGGAAGCUCAUGUUCUACUCUUACUGUAAUGACAAACCUAGAUUCAAGGUCAUGCCACCUGAGUGCAAAUAAAUGCUAUUUAAAACUUCAUUUCUAAAUUUUUUAAAAAUUUUACUACUAUUAUUUUUUUACCUGAUUAUAUGGAAACUAAAUACAGAACAGAGCAUCUUUGCAGAAAGCAGAUUCAACAGUACCAGAGAUAAAAUGGAACCUUAAUUUAAAAAAAAAAAUAUAUAUUAUGUGGUUAGAGUUGGAGAUUUGGGAAUCUAUUGAUUGAAAUGGAGAGAUGUAAUUACUGAUUAAGUUAUAUUUUUAUUCAAAUGGAAUUAAGUUGUUUAUUUGAUGCUU